UAUUAGCCAACGUGACAAUAUACUGUCUCUGCCGGCACUUUAAAUGUUUACACUUUUCAAUUGUAUAAUUGGAUCAUCAAUUUUAUGUCCGUAGUUCAAUCGUCAAUUUAGCGACACAAUGGGAAAGUCGGAGAAGAGUAAAAUUAAUAUCAAGGAGCGUGUGGACGACACAACAAUUGAUCUGAGUUUGUCCGACAUCAGUGAAAUACCAGUCAGUGGAAUUGCGAAUUUCAAGAGAGCCACGAUCUUGGAUCUGUCUAGCAACAAAAUAACGUCACUGGGGAAAACCUUUUGCACCCUAACCCAUCUGACCAAAUUGGAUUUGAGCAAAAAUCAAUUGAAAUUUUUGCCGGAGGAUAUCUCCAAACUGGCCAACCUUCGGCACCUAGAUCUCUACAACAAUAAAUUGGAGCACUUACCGUUAGGAUUUGGAAAGUUAAAAAGUCUAAGGUAUUUGGAUUUGAAAGGAAAUCCAUUGACGCCAGCGUUGGCAAAAAUUGUCGGACCAUGUUUAACGCAAAAGGAUUGUCAAAAUGCGGCACGUACUACUGUGAAAUUUUUUGCGGAAUUGCAACAGACGAUUAAUGAAGAUCGUGAACGUGCUCGCUUAGAAGAACUGGAACGACAGGAAGCGGAAAAGGAAAAAGAACAAGCCGAAGCGGUAAAAGAGAAGCCCAAAGCCAAAACAAAAAGAGAGAGAAAGAAGGAACCUAAACCAGACGUAGAUAGCGCAGCCAAUAGCCAAGUGGAAAAUGCAACACAAAUCGUAAAACAAUCAGACAAACGAACGACUUCGUUCGGGAAAAUGUUUUUCCGUUUAUUUCUUUUGUGGACGGUAUUCGCGGUGGGCGUAAUUUUUACGAUCGCAUACAGUCCGCAUAUUAUUGAAGGGUUCAUUGGAAAAUUGCCACCCACUUAUCAAACUCCACUUUUGUACCAUUUGGAGAAAAUUCGACAAGAAAUUUGGAAAUAUUUAAAAUAAACGCAAUUGAUGUCACAAUGCAA